CCGUGCUGAAAAGGUGAUCGAUCAGUAUCGCUCGAGUGGUGGCGGAGGCGGCGGCGUUUACCGCGCUGCUGGAGCUGACAGUGAAAGCGAAGAAGUAAGCAGUAAUGACGACGAUGAAAAUCCAGCCGUUUUUAGUGAUCUCGAAAACGAGGAUAAGGAAGCUGUGCGCAACAUCUUCUAUGCUCGCGGAAACUCCAAUAACAAACGUCGUUCGUCGAAUAAUCGCAACAUUAAUCGUCGUGUCUUCAGUCGUGGUUUUCUGAAAAAGAACAAACGUUCGAUGAACAACUUUCAACGCGGACGCGGUAAGCGUAACGUGCGACGAGCUGAAGAAGAGUGCACCUCUGAAGUUGAAGAUAUACGUGGGAUCUUCCAAGGCGAAUGUUGGAUUUGUGGGAAGAUGGGACACCGAAAGGACGAAUGCCCUGAUCGCAAGAACAAAGAUGCGGUUCGACGUGCGCUCGGUAAAGAGUUUCCAGAAUUCGAGAUUCUGGAAAAACAGGCUAUCGAAAACAAGACAACGAACACUUCCCGCGAACGCACCAAUAACAUUCACCGUGUUGACCGACUCGACGGCGAUGAAGAGAAUUUAUCGCGGGACGCGAUUGCGGAUGUUGCCAAAGAAAAGGCACCCAGGAGACAAAUAAACCGAAAAGUCACCACUUCCUGUGGUACGAGUGUCAGGAAGAGUUAUGCUUUCAGGAC